AACAACCUUUGAAACCAGAAAUGCGUACGCAUCUACUUGUUAAAAAUAGAACGGCUUCCCCGUAUUUAUUUCCGGCGCUCUUUUUGAAAAUGAAAGUAGAACAGGAGGGAAGAGAACAGCUAAGCUAAAUAGUUAAAUAAAAACAUGUAGAACUAGAACAACGCAAAUAUGGAACAACCCCCACUCCAACAGACAGAGGAUACAGGAUGGUGUGAUUUUUUUUCCACAUUCCAUAACCCAUAUAAUGGCUUUGUUGAGUCAAAAGAACAGUUAGAGGAGCUUAAGUGGCACUAUGAAGUGGAGACAAAAUCAUAUUUUGUUUCUGUGAAAACUUCAUCCACUUUUGGAAACACUGAUAUUGACAGUAAGCAGCACAAGAUCCAGUGGAGGGAAAAGAACAAUCUUCAUAUGCCAGACAAUCCCUAUAUAGUCCUACAAACAGAGAGAUUUGAGUGUCACCAUGGGCCAGAUAGAAAUAAGGCUAAAAAAGUCAAAGCCCAGAAUGCACAGCAAUCGGAUCACUCUGCUUAUCAAAAGAAACGUUUCCACAUCCAAACAACUAAAAAAUUGAACUGUCCUGCGACCAUUAUUGCAAAAGAGAUGAUUUUCUUUACUGACAUUAAGGAUUGUAUCUCAAAGUAUAAAAAAGAGCAACUGUCCAGGGUUAUUAGAAGCAGUUUAACUGAUACAGAUAUUAAACUGGCAAUGACACGCCAUAUUUUUAUAUCAUUGCCACAAGGAGAAAGAAAUGGACAUCAAAAUCAUCUUUAUGGAGAGGCCGCAGAAGUUUGCAUACCAGUGGACAAAAGAAUUAUUGGUAAAAUUGAGGAGUAUGUUGGUGAAGGUUUAGUGUCAUCAAGCUGCUUAAGACCAUUACUUGAGCAGUUUGUAAGACACGAAAUAUUUGCUGGUGAGAAAUGUGCCAACUGGACAAACAGAAGAUUUUUCCCAAGUCAGCGGGAUAUAUCUAACUUCGUUUAUGCUGCUAAGUUGAAGGGAUUGAAGGCCAAAUAUGAUCAGGAAAACUUAAUGGCUCAUGUUGAUGAGUGGCAGAAAGACAGGCCAGAAGAUAAGUUUCUUUUCUCUGGUUCUGAUGUGAACACAGAAGAUACUGGAGACUCAACAGGUUUCUUUUUCUUAUACCAAUCAACCUGGCAACAACGACUGCUUAACCUUUAUGGCAAUGAGAUUUGUCUUCUAGAUGCUACAUACAGAACAACAAAAUAUUCAAUUCCACUGUUUUUCUUGUGCGUCAAGACAAAUGUGGAUUAUUCAGUUGUAGCUGUUUUUGCAUGUCAGUAUGAAAACAGUAGUACCAUCACUUAGGCUCUCAACCAAAUUA